AUCUAUUUAAAACAUCGGCGCUUGCCGCUGAUUGCAUGUAUUUGUGUGUUUUUGAAGUGAGGAGAAAAUCGCCGCUGGCUGCUGCGAUACAUCAUUCAUUGCAUGGACCCGGAAGCAGAUGAGGGCGACAUUCGUCACCUCCCAUUCACAACGUCGCCGGAGAUUCACCGGCGUACUAUCUGCUCCAAUUGCCAGCGACCAAAUCAUGUGUGUCUCUGUCACGCACUUCCCGCCCACCCCAUCCAAACCACCACCCGAGUCUUCAUCCUCCACCACCCUCACGAGGCGCAACACAAACUCUCCACUACACCAAUCCUCACCAAAUCUCUCCUCCACGCAACCUCCAUCACCGGCCGCCGCCUCCGUCGCGGCCUCUCUCCGUUACUCGACCAGUCUCCCCCCGCCGUCUACCUCUUUCCAUCCACCACAUCCUCGCUGGCCGUCGACAUCUCCGACCCCAAACUGUCGGAGCUGAUCCGAAGCGGCGAGAACGGUGGUCUUGUGUUGAUCGCAUUCGACGCGACGUGGAAGCACGCGAGGGAGAUGGUGAAGGCGAGCGAGAAGUUCCUGUCGAAAUUCGCGAUUAGGGUUUGUUUGGGGAUGGAAGAUGAGAAAGUGAGUGGCGGAAGUAUUUACGAUUCUGAAUUGAUUUUGAGAAAGGAACCUUUUGGUGGUUGCGUCAGUACCAUGGAAGCUGUUGCCAGAGCAUUGCGGGUUCUUGAGCCCAAUGGGCUCGAGAUUGAAGGUAAAUUGAUUGGGAUUUUGAGGGAAAUGGUGAGGUUGCAGGCUGGUUUUUUGAAGCCUAUGAAGCCCAGGCCCAAAUUGUUGAAGAAGAAAAAGGUUAAGGAAGUGGAAGAGAGUGAGAGUUCUGAAAAUGAAAACCUGUGAUUCAGGGUUGGUAAUGAAACUCAAGAAUCUCACUUGGUUCUCAGUUUAUGCAUGAUUCUGGGAUUUUACAUCGAUAAAUUGAUAUUGCGAGAAUCCAAACUUCCAGACUAUGUUGAUUUGACUUGUAUAGUGUUCCAAGUAUUUGGUGCAUGUUUGUAUAUAAGAUUCUGAAGCUCAGAAAUUGUGUUUGACCGAAGUACACAAAGGGAGUUUCGGUAAAUUGUGUUGCGGGAUGGAGAAUUUGGCUAGUUGAAAAAUAUUUUAUACAACCAGGCCUUUGUUCUCUCCUGUGUGCUUUCCUUCGACACUUGUAUCAUCACAUUCUUCAUGAAUUUAUGUAUGACUUUACAACUGUUCAAGAAUAAGAUAAGAAAAGAACAGGUUUUGCUGGUCCAAAUUGUUGUGAAGAGAAUGACAUGGUGUUAAUGAGAAAUGCAAGGAGACAUCACAGAACCUCUGUCUCCGCUGGCCUUCCUCCGACAUUGUGCUUUAGCGUGUUGUACUGGCCUUCCUCCGACACUGCGCUUUAGCGUGUUGUACUGCCUCAAUUAUUCUCGAUUUAGAAUCUCUCUGUUGGGGAUGAUGCUCCUCUGUCAUAUUGGGCAGCCUUGACUAUUUGAUCGCGGUUAGCCCUCUUCAUUCCAUCUGUGUGAAUCACUAUGCCACAAGGCCACCCCCAGGUUGGUUAAAGCUUCGUCAUCACUGCCUGCAAUAGUCUUUCGCAACUCUUGCCAACGUUGUACCUUGAAGAUUCACUGUCUCUCCUAGGAAGUUAGGUUACUGCUGUAAUGGGAAAGAAUAACUAUCUUGAAAACUCAAAUACUGGUGAAGAAUGAAGAAACCGUCAUUAUGAUUGGCCAAGCCAUACAGAAACUCACAGUAUAUGCCGAUGUUGUAUACUUGAAAUGAAGUAAUCAAUUGAAUGCUUCCUUACCCCUACUAGUGUUGAAACAUAAAAGCAAAAGCUUCUUCCUUUUGGUGCUUUCCAACAUUUAUGCAUUCUAGAAA